AUGGAUACUAAGCCGAGCAGUAAAGUUGGGUCCGAUGGCAUCGAUGCGCCUUUAUGGAUGUUUUGGAAGCGACGACGCUACAUUGUGGUGUUUAUGGCGUUCCUUGGUUUCUUCAACGUCUACUCGCUGCGGGUGAACCUGAGCGUGGCCAUCGUGGCGAUGACAGAGAAUCGGACCGUGCAUUACGACAACGGCACCGUCGGAUACGAGCAAUACUUUGAUUGGAGCUCCAGUCUGCAAGGUUACGUGCUGAGUUCGUUCUUCUACGGCUACAUCCUGACGCCCUUCCUGGGUGGCUUCAUCUCGAACCGAUUCGGUGGCAAUUAUGUGUUUGGAGUUGGCAUUGGAACGACGGCUGUCCUGACGCUACUGACACCGUUAGCGGCCAAGGCUGGCGUAGCCGUCCUGUUGGCGGUUCGUAUUGUGGAGGGCAUAUUCGAGGGUGUGACCUUCCCCUGCAUACAUGCCGUGUGGUCCCGGUGGGCUCCACCAACCGAGCGCUCACGUAUGGCAUCGAUCGCGUUCGCCGGGAACUACGCGGGAACGGUUGUGGCGAUGCCGCUGAGCGGAAUUCUAGCGAACGCUUGGGGCUGGGAGAGUGUGUUUUACGUGUUCGGUGUGAUCGGAUGCAUCUGGUUCCUUGCGUGGAUGUUCUUCGUCAAAACGUCUCCCGAGGUGGACAAGUGGAUCAGCCAGCGGGAGAAGGAGUUCAUACUGGAAUCGCUGGGCCGUACGGAGGGUGAGCAGGAGAAGGUGCAACAUCCGUGGAAGGGUAUCCUGACAUCGGUGGCCGUUUGGGCGCUGGUUGUGUCACACUUCUCCGAGAAUUGGGGCUUUUACACACUGCUCACACAGCUGCCGACAUUCUUGAAGGACGCCAUGCACUUUGAGCUGGAGAAGACAGGAUUUGUGUCAGCUGUACCUUACCUGGUGAUGGGGGUCCUUCUGUUCGUGUCCGGUUACCUAGCCGAUUGGUGUCAGAUGAAGGGUUACCUCACAACCACUCAGGUUCGCCGAUACUUCAACUGUGGUGCCUUCCUCGCGCAAACGGUGUUCAUGAUCGUUGGUGCGUUCAUUCUCGAGCCGGGCCCAACGAUCACCUGCAUCACGAUCGCGGUCGGUUUUGGCGCGUUUGCGUGGUCCGGUUUCGCUGUGAACCAUCUCGAUCUGUCGCCGAAGAGUGCCGGCGUGCUGAUGGGCAUCUCGAACACGUUUGCCACCAUCCCCGGCAUCGUGAGUCCCAUCAUCACGGGGUACAUCACGUCCAACAAGAGCGACGAGGAGUGGAAAACGGUAUUCUACAUUGCGGCGGGCAUCUAUCUGGUCGGUUGUAUCAUCUACUGGUUCGGUGUAUCCGGCGAACUACAGCCGUGGUCGAUUGAGGCACAGGAACGGCGGGAGCAGCAAAAACAACAGACCAAACCGAUCGGGAGCCUUGCCUACACGAACAAAGUAAGCAUGGAGGACGAGAUGUAA